CAGUCUUCUCACUUCCCUUCUCCUUCAACUUCCUUUACCAGCAAACACAAACACACACACCAAAGAGAGAGAGAACAUAACUACACAAAGCAAAGCAUAGCGUGGUAUAGGAUAAAGAAAGCAACAAAGUAGAAUCACGAAACCAAAACAGAGCAUCUCUCUGUUCUUAUUCUCUCUCUCUCUUCGCCUCUUGUUCUUUUCUCCCAAGGUGCCCACUUCCAAAUUUUCUUCCUUUCCUGCACCUUUAGCUGCCUCUUGCAAUUUGGUUCGUGAUUUUUAACAUGGAUUUUUCUUGCUGAUUGCAAAGUUGGAAGAUUUUUUUUUGAAGAGUAUAUAAAACAAUGACUUGGAAAAGCAGGGGAGACUUGCUUCCCAAAAGUGUUAUGUCUAAGAAAUGGGUUAUUUUUCUCUGUAUUGGAAGCUUCUGUGCUGGGAUGGUUUUCACCAACAGGAUGUGGACUAUGCCUGAACCUAAAGGACUAGGACGAACAACAGCCAUGGAAGCUGAAAAAUUGAAUGUAGUUUCAGAGGGUUGUAAUACAAGAAUCUUGCAAGAGAAGGAAGUGAAGCGUGAAAGUAAAGGCAUCUAUAGAGAGGUUUCCAAGACACAAAAUGCCAUACAAACCCUUGAUAAGACUAUUUCAAACUUGGAGAUGGAAUUAGCAGCUGCAAAGGCAGCUCAGGAGUCUAUACGAAGUGGUGCUCCAGUACCAGCAAAUAUGAAGAUGAGUGAAUCGUCUGGUAGAAGAAGGUACCUAAUGGUCGUAGGAAUAAACACUGCUUUCAGCAGCAGAAAAAGAAGAGACUCAGUUCGUGAGACAUGGAUGCCACAAGGUGAGAAAAGAAAGAAGCUAGAGGAAGAGAAGGGCAUUAUCAUCCGAUUUGUAAUUGGUCAUAGUGCCACAUCAGGGGGUAUCCUAGACAGAGCAAUUGAAGCAGAAGAUAAGAAGCAUGGAGAUUUUCUGAGACUGGAUCACGUUGAGGGAUACCUUGAAUUGUCAGCAAAGACAAGGACCUACUUUGCCACUGCUGUUAACUUAUGGGAUGCUGACUUCUAUAUCAAAGUUGAUGACGAUGUUCACGUAAAUAUAGCGACACUAGGACAAACUCUAGUGAGACACCGAUCAAAACCACGGGUGUACAUUGGAUGCAUGAAAUCUGGGCCUGUUCUUUCUCAAAAAGGGGUAAGGUACCACGAGCCAGAAUACUGGAAAUUUGGUGAGGCUGGAAACAAGUAUUUCCGUCAUGCCACGGGACAGUUGUAUGCCAUUUCAAAAGAUCUGGCUGCAUACAUUUCAAACAACAAGCAAGUUCUCCACAAGUAUGCCAAUGAGGAUGUCUCACUAGGCUCUUGGUUUAUUGGACUUGAUGUGGACCACAUAGAUGAUCGAAGACUCUGCUGUGGUACACCACCAGAUUGUGAAUGGAAAGCACAGGCAGGAAAUGUUUGUGUUGCUUCAUUUGAUUGGACUUGCAGUGGAAUUUGCAGGUCUGCUGAAAGGAUCAAAGAGGUUCACAAGAGAUGUGGGGAAGGUGAAAAAGCUUUGUGGAGUGCCUCUUUCUAGUGGCAUGGCAGCUAGAAUGAAUGUUGUUUUUGUUUUUGCAUAGUUUUGGGAAAGUAUAGAGAAUUUUCAUUUUACUAUAGAUGAGGAGAGAGAAAGAAAGAGAGAAGGAGAAAAAACCAAAAGGAAAGGACUUGAAGGGGAUUGAGCAUUGGAUAGUCCACCCCACCAAUUCUUUGAUGCUUGAUGGGGCACUCUAUGUGUUAAUAGUUCCAUACCUAUCAAGCUCCUAAUAAAUGUAGAUAUAGAUUUGGUUGGA